AUGAAAGAUUAUCGGCCAAUCUCUUGCUGUAAUGUCAUCUACAAAGUCAUCUCGAAGAUAAUUGCUAAUAGGCUUAAGGUUACACUCCCAGAGUUUAUUGCUCUAAAUCAGUCUGCCUUUGUGAAAGUUCAGUGGAGCUUUCUGCUUAAAACAUUGGAAGCAAUGGAUUUCCCGGCAAAGUUGAUUCACUGGAUUUCUCUCUGUAUCACAACUCCUUCGUUUUCUGUCCAAGUGAAUGGGGAGUUAGCUGGAUACUUUCAAAGUGAGAGGGGUCUACGGCAAGGAUGUGCAUUAUCUCCGUAUCUGUUUGUUAUUUGUAUGAAUGUUUUGUCAAAGUUGCUGGACAAAGCUGCUGCAGAUCGCCAACUAGGAUAUCACCCGAAGUGUAAGAAUCUCGGGCUCACUCACUUAAGCUUUGCGGAUGACAUUAUGGUCUUUACAGAUGGAAGAGUUCGAUCAGUAGAAAGCAUUGUUGAUGUUUUCAAUUACUUUGGAAAAGUCUCUGGACUGAAGAUAAGUAUGGAAAAAUAUUUUGCUUCAGGGAAGCUGCCGCGAGGUAACUUCUGGUCUCUACCUGAUGCAACCACGACUGGUUCUUGGAUGUGGAGAAAAAUACUAAAAUAUCGUGAUAAGGCGAAGGAUCUGCAAAGGAUGAAUGUUGGAGACGGCACUGGAACCUCGUUCUGGUUCGAUUCCUGGUCGCCUAUGGGUAGACUACACGAUCUCUUCGGGCCCCGAGGAUGUAUUGAUAUGGACAUUCCAGUAAACUCCACGGUUCACAAGGUUAUGACUAACACAAGAAGGCGACGGCAUCGACUUGAUAUUUUUAAUGAGCUUGAAACACUUAUUGCGAUGCAAAGGGAGAAGAUGACGCUGAUGCAGGAUCAGUCCCUUUGGAAACAUGGCAGUGAUAAGUUCAAACCUGUUUUUGUCACGAAGUUGACCUGGAAAUUAACUCGGAAACAUGAGCAACCAGUCGCAUGGUGGAAAGCGAUAUGGUUCCAACACUGUACUCCGAAGUAUGCUUUCUUACAUUGGAUUGCAGUACACAAUAGGCUGUCGACAGGAAACAGAAUGCUUGCUUGGAACGCUAGCGUGAAUCCAGCAUGUGCUCUCUGCCAUGACCCCUUGGAAACUCGGGAUCAUCUAUUUUUUGAAUGCGCCUACUCAUUGGAGGUCUGGUCACUCUUAACGUCUGGUCUGUUGCAGGCAAAUUUCACUACAAGAUGGUCAGAAUUAAUGGACCUGAGUAUGGACACCAGUCGAGGUCUACUUGAGACUUUCCUUACAAGGUACACCAUCCAAGCCACAAUAUAUUCACUGUGGAAAGAAAGGAAUGACAGGAGACAUGGGGCUACACCUGAUACAGCAGCAACACUUGCGAGAAUGGUGGAUCGACAAGUUCAAGAUCGGUGCUUAGCGUUUCGCCAACAGGGAAACUUCAAACUGGCAGCAGGACUAUCUCUGUGGUUUGCCACAAGAUGA